GCUAUGGCAACGGGAAGAAGCAUCGGCCCCCGGGGGCGCGGUUGCCAUGGCAACGGGAAGAAGCCGCGGCCCCCGAGCACGCGUCUUGUGGAGGCAAUGGAGUCAGAAGAACCCCAGGAGCCACCCCAACCGUUGGACUCCCCAAACCCAGCAACAUCUGAAGAAUCCAAAGAGCCCAAGAAGCUGGCUGAUUGGAACCCUCUCCUGAAGCCUGCGCUUACUGGAGACGUUGAGGGGCUGCAGAAGAUUUUUGAGGAUGCCGAAGAGCCCCACCAGGGAGAGGCCAUGCAAUUGCUCUUGGAACAAGAUGUCGCUGGGAGGGAUUUGUUGUAUGCAGCGUGCAUGGCUGGGCAAAGUGAAGUGAUCAGAGCCCUGGCAAAAUACGGGGUGAACCUGAAUGAAAAAACAGCCAGAGGUUAUUCGCUCUUACACUGUGCUGCAGCCUGGGGCCGCCUGGAAACUUUGAAAACCCUCGUCGACUUGGACAUUGACAUCGAGGCAGUGAACUUUCAGGGUGAAAACGCUCAAGCCGUGGCUGCUCGGUACUCCCAGGUGGAAUGUGUAGAAUUCCUGAAAUGGGCGGAUGCCAAGUUAACUCUGAAAAGGAACAUUGCCAAGAUCCAGGCAACUAUGGCAGACACAGAGAAGGUGCAGGGAAAACUUAAUAAGGAAGACAAGAACACUGCUCUUAAUGCUUGCCGGGCAAAAGCUGACUGGUUGGAGACCCAUAAGGAGUCUUCUAUCCAAGAAGUUCUGGAACAGAAGCAACAUCUGGACGAUAUCAUGCAACCUAUUUUCUUGAAGAUAUUUGCACCACGUCCGGUUAAAAGUGCCAGAUCUGUGGUAAACUGAACCACACCGGAGAGCAAGCUAUCCACAGUCCUACAUUCUCAACUGAAGAGAUGUUAAAAAAAAAUUGAUGGCAUCUAGCUAAUUAUCAGAAAGUAGAUCCUGCAAGUGCCUAUAAAAAUUAGGAAAAAAGAGGUUUUAAUAAUGAAUUAAGGUUUCUAAAUAAAAAUCCUCACUUUUUUACUCUGCCUUUAUGGCUUGCUAAUCAAACACAUUUUGUGGUUUGGGGAAUUUUGGGAAUUUGAAACACAAAGGCUAUUCCUUUGUCCACUUUUUACUUCCUCUCAAUAGUGCCCUUUUCUUCAAACUCUAGUGGGGAUGUUUAUCUUCUCAUGAAGGCUACAUUACACUUCAGAAAUGAAUUAAGGGAGGUUCAUCCUAAUUAAAUAAGUUUCAGGGACAAUUAACCCUCUUCAACUAUUUCACCUAUGUCCAGGGACAAAGCUACCCGGGAAUUUCAAAAAGUGGAACCCACAGAAGGUGAGUUUUCCAGGAGACUUUGAGGCAAGCAAACCUUUGCAACCAAGCAAACUCACUUGGGUUGGUGAGGAUACUCCAGCUGGAUGGAAUUCCUUCUUUCCUGCCUGAAAGUUAUGAUCAUAGGCUAGAUUUAAUCAUGAGUCAAGGCUGUGAAUUUGAUGCUCAAGUUUUUUCCCAUUUUGCCAUGCAUGUAGCCUAAGAUACAACCCAAGUUCUGUUUUGGAGUCUUCUUGCAUGUUUCUUAUUUCUCCUUUAGAUUAUGUAUGUUUUUAACUUUAAUUAGUCAAUUGUAUCUACUAAGUGCCUUCUGUGUGCAGAGCAUGAUACCAGGCACUUGGACAAGUACAGUAGAAUUAGUAUACACAAUCCCUGCCCUCAAGUAGCCUUCAGUGAAAGGGGGAAAACAGAACCCUAACAAAUUACAGAUAGCAGGAAGUAAUAGAGUAUAAAGAUGUGUACAUAAGUAUCGAGGAAGGGUGUGACUACACAAGUGCUUAGCUGGUGUGGAAAUACUGAAGUGGCAAUAGGUGGAUAUAAAGUGAGGAGAUUAGAAAUGAAUGGAGAUGGAAUUUAAGAAGGGCUUUGUAGGUGGGAAAAGCAUUUCUGUCAUGUGAAAGGGGGAGGAUUUUAGCAAGAAAUUAGGGGUGGGAGAGAUGAGCGUGGGGCACAUGAUUCCAUAGUUAGAUUCCAGUUGAUGAUCGAGGACACCCUCUCCCAUUCUACUUAACCAAGUCAUGGAACCAUCUGGUUUCUCAAGUUAAAUUUUGGCAAAAGUAUUUCCAAAAACAAAUGUAAACACCAGGUGGUUUUUUUUAAUCUAACUUCAGUUUUGUAAAAUAUAAAAAUAUUUAAUUUUGAUAAGUGUUUUUAAUAUGAGUACCCGCACUUCCUGGACAUAUUAUUUGACCUGUGCCCUCAUGCCAAAGUAUUGGUUUACCUGGUAACCUCUGCUUUGUUGAAUGGUUUCUCUUAGACCCCAUUCAUGAGGGCAAACAGUACAUAUGUCUUUAUUAUUCUGAAAUGCAGCCAAGCAGGUCAAGAUAACCAUUGGGAAGUCAGUUGACAGGAAUCAAACAAUCGCAUUUUUGAGCACUUACUGUGUGCAGAGCACCGCACUAAGUGCUUGGGAGAGUACAAUAUAAGAAUAUAACAAUCACAUUCUCUGUCCACAAUGAGCUUACAGUCUAGGAAGCAAUGCCAAUUUGAUGUCAAGGUAAAUAUAGUGUCCAAGUUAUGAUCUAAACAGUAGUUUUGGACCUGAAAUGAAUUGUAUCUACACUAGGGCUUAAUACAGUUCUUGGCACAUAUAAGUGCUUAACAAUACCCCAAUUAUUAUGUCACAUCCUGAUUCUGAGCCAGUUUCAUUAACAUCAUCUAU